UUGUCGGGAGUCGGGACGAGGGUAGAACGUGGCGCAGGGUCCCUGAUGAUUGAUAUCGGGGGUUAUCAAGCCACAUUUGGCGGGGUAUUUUGUAUUGGCAAUUUUCGUUGCGCCAUACCACCGACCAGGACCCUUGAUGAAGGAUUCGUUGCGCUGGUAUCGCAGGUUUCUAUGCUGUUUCAAGGAGCCUCUGCUUUCCUCGACGCGGUAUAAACAUGCGGUGAUUAGGCUAAGUUGAGGUGUUGUAUGAGAGUACGUACGUUAUUACCAAUACCCGUCCCGACGCCAAAAAGAUGCCGGAACACCGAGCCGCGACAUUGCAAAAUAGCGACCCCACGGCUUCAUGGAUCUCCCAUGGGUCAGUCUCCGGGUCAGACAUGCAACAGCAUGGAGAAGAGCAGACUUUUCCCGCGGCUACGCACCGCGACCAAGUCUCUUUUCGGACGGAAUGGGAUGGGAUGGGAUGGGACCUUACGAGAGGGCUACAAAGAGCCAACAUUGGUAAUUAAGAGUACAUGGCAUGCCGCCAAGGAGGGUACAUGUGCAAGGUAGCGAUCACGUCAUUUGAACUAAACAGCCUCCAAUUUUUACC